CAUGUGACUUCAUCUGUGUCAGCAGCUAAUAGAUAAACCAGUAGACAGAAAUUUCAGUGGAGGCAGCAGCUUCAUCUUUAUUUCAGCUCCUCGCUGGAAAACAUCUUACCUUUGUUCUUCAUCACGGUGCGGGAUCAGCGGAGAAUAUACACUGAGAUGACAUUGAACACAAACCACGACUCUCUGUAACUGUAUGGACCCUGUGGAGGUGUGUUUGCACCUUUUCCACCUCAGUGGUGGCAGCUCUGACUGACAGCACAAGUGUGUUUACCUCUGCUUUUACCCUAUGGUGUUCUUGUAAGUUUAUCUGAGGGUGUGUGAGAAAAGCAAGCGUCAUGUCGAGGGCGGACAGGGCGAUUAACAGUGAAGUGGGUGAUUGGGGCUACAGUGAGGAUGCUGGUGAAAGGGCGUGGCUGCUGCAAAGUCCCAGCGUGGACUCCAUCCAACUGCCUAACCAAUCAGACAACAGAAGGGAAGGGACAUCUUCACUUGGGGCUGUUUUUAUUGUGGUGAAUGCUGCUCUGGGAGCCGGACUUCUCAAUUUUCCUGCUGCUUUCAACAUGGCUGGAGGCGUCACAGCCGGAGUGACUCUUCAAAUGUGCAUGAUGGUCUUCAUCAUCACUGGGCUGGUGAUCUUGGCUUAUUGUUCUCAGGUGAGCAAUGAAACAACUUAUCAGGAGGUGAUCCGAGCAGUGUGUGGGAAGGUUCUCGGUGUCAUAUGUGAGCUGGCCAUUGCUGUUUACACUUUUGGCACCUGCAUAGCCUUCCUUAUUAUUAUAGGAGAUCAGUUGGAUAAGCUGAUUGGUGCAAUAAAUCAUGAGUCAGAGACAAUGAUUAUUUCACACUGGUACACAGAUCGUAAGUUCACCAUCACUUUGACCUCAGUGCUGAUCAUUCUGCCUCUGUCCAUACCCAAAGAGAUUGGCUUCCAGAAGUAUGCCAGCACCCUGAGUGUUAUCGGCACCUGGUAUGUGACAAUCAUAAUCAUCAUCAAGUACAUCUGGCCUGACAAAGAAGUUUCUCCAGGAAACAUCCCAGUCAGCCCUGCAUCCUGGACCGAUGUGUUUAAUGCCAUGCCUACAAUCUGCUUUGGUUUCCAGUGUCAUGUAAGCAGCGUUCCUGUUUUCAACAGCAUGAAGAAGCCAGAAAUCCGUCCUUGGUGGUCAGUUGUUACAAUCAGCAUGAUCAUCUGCCUCUUUGUGUAUACAGGCACAGGAGUCUGUGGGUUCCUGUCAUUCGGCUCAAGCGUUAGCCAGGAUGUAUUAAUGUCAUAUCCAUCUAAUGAUGUUGCGGUGGCCAUUGCUCGAGCCUUCAUCAUCAUCUGUGUUGUUACCUCAUAUCCAAUUCUGCACUUCUGUGGAAGGGCAGUGCUGGAAGGUUUGUGGUUGCGUUUUAAAGGAGAGGAGGUUGAGACAGAUGUGGCUAAGGAACAGAGACGGAGGAUACUGCAGACACUCGUCUGGUUUUGUCUCACACUAAUUCUUGCUCUCUUCAUUCCUGAUAUUGGACGAGUCAUUUCACUAAUUGGUGGUUUGGCUGCAUGCUUCAUUUUUGUUUUUCCAGGGUUGUGUUUGAUUCAGGCAAAGCUUUCGGAGCAUGAUGUCAGAUCAGCCAGUUGGAAUGGAAUGGUGGCCUAUGGAGUCGUCAUGGUUACACUUGGCGCAUUCAUCUUUGGCCAGACCACCACGAAUGCUAUCUACAAAGAUAUCAUCAACAGCCCAUAGGGGGGAUUGUUGUGACCUCAUGAAUAUAUGGCUAUGAACCAAUAGAGACCAUUAAAAAACAUGGGAAUGAAGACUGUCCAAAUCAUGUCUACCACUGACCUCUAUUAUGUCUUCAGGAAACUCUUUUAAAUUUCUCAUAUUGCAAAGCAUGCAGUCCCACAGAAGUCUGUACCUCUUGAUGUAGUGGAUCAACCACUAGCAUGCAACAUUAACCUCUCUGCUCUGGCUGUUUGUGAAUGGAGGACCCCUGUAAAAGACGCUGUACUUCUCUAUUCUAUAUGGAUGUGGACAUUAUGUUAAAUCCUCCAAUGUUAGAUCUUCCAAAUAUAGUCUGUUUGUUUCUUUUAAAAUGUAACUUUUUGCCCAUUCCCUUUUUAAUUUUUAUACAUUUUUUUUAAAGAAACUGAUUUUAUGAGGGCCUUAUAUACUUGACAUUGCAUUGACAUUGCAAAUAUGGUCAGUAUUCAUAAUGUUUAACCAUAAAAUCUUAUUGCAAACUUUGUUUUUCUUGAUUACUUGCACUGCCAAACAUGUAAUUCUACAAUUCCAUAAGAACUGAGAAGACGGAUACUGUAUGUGUAUAUACUGUACCACUUUAGACUGGAAGUGACAAUUAUUUAAGAAGAAUUUCAGAAUAUUCUUGAAGGAUGUUUUUUAUUUUAAUUUGAUUUGUUGUUGUUUUAGCUAGAUUUUCUAAAUGUGUUUUUCUUAAAGUAGUUGCUCUGGCCAAGGAUGCAACAAUCUCUGGUUUUAUAAGUUCACUGACACUUGAGUAAGUGUAGUGAAGAGUUAAUGAUUGACUUGAAAACUUCAGGAUUAAUUUGCAUUUAAUUUUGUUUUAGGUGGGAAUCAUGGUAUUGAAAAUAAGCUUUUCUCUAGUAAAUUCCUUUGAACCAUUCUCCAAACAGUUGAAUUGUGUAAGUCACAUUGGUGUGCUGGUGACCCCUUUUGCACCACAUGGUCCAGUUGUCAAUUGUGUAUGCAUAUUAGGAAAGUUAUGUCAUAUCUCAUGGAUUUAAUCAGUAACACUAUCAUGCAUGUUUCACUUUACUGUUUCAGUGCAAUGACUAAAGGGAUGUUAAGUUAUA